AUGGUCCCUUUCCAAGGGCAUCGCGCCUGCCUCACGUCUCUAUGCGCCUUCCUCGCCGCCGCCCUGCUCCUGCCCUUACUUGCGGCCGCCGACUAUGUGCAGACAAACAUCACCGAGACGCCCAACUUCAAGUUGCUUCCCGGCAUCGCCUCAGUGCCAGCACCCGUCGCGGUCGCGCCGGACCAAACCUGGAUCGGAAUUGAUGGCGCAUGGAACACCUUCGCCUUGGCCAUAGGCGAGCCUCAGGAGUACGUGCAGGUCUAUGUGUCGACUGCAAGUCAGCAAAUAUGGGCCAUCAAUCGCAUGGCCUGUAUCUCAAAUAUUACGGACCCCACGACUGGAGAGAUCACAGCGUUCAACGUCUUCGACUCAGAGUGCGAGCUUAGUCGCGGUUUCUUGUUCAACAGCAGCAACUCAGAAACAUGGGAGCAAAAGGGCUUUUACCAACUGUGGAUUGAGAAGUACCUUGGACUAGUCGGUAAUGGACUGUACGGUUUCGAUUCGGUGGGUCUAGGGGGGGCCGGGGAGAUGGGGCCCUCUGUCCAGAAUACAACAAUCGGCACCUUGAUCACGGCCAACUUCUGGCUCGGGCAUAUAGGCGUGCAUUCCAAGUCAACCAACUUCUCCGUCUUCGACGACCCGGUCCCGAGCUACAUAACUACUCUGUUCGAACAAAAGAGCAUUCCCAGUCUAUCUUUUGGCUACACUGCCGGCGCACAGUACCGCGACCAAACUGUCCUCGGAAGUCUCACGCUGGGCGGCUACGAUGCCUCCCGCCUCAUUCCCAACGACCUUACUUUCAUCUUCGCACCGGACAAUGAGCGCGACCUGGUGGUUGGCAUAGUUGGCAUCACAGCGAACACCACGUCGGAAGAAGACAUCGAUCUCAUGAAAACUGACGACGUCACCAUGUACAUUGAUUCCACGAUUGCAGAACUCUACCUGCCAGUUGAAAUCUGCCAAGCUUUCGAAGACGCAUUCGGAUUACAGUACGACGAAGCGACUGAUCUCUACCUUGUGGACGAUAAGCUUCACCAGAGUCUCCUCGCGCAGAACCCCAGUGUGACGUUCACUCUUGGUCAAAAAUUCAGUACCGAUGCCACUCUACAGAUCACCUUGCCUUAUGCUGCCCUAGACUUGGAGGCAACCCCUCCCUACAGAGGACUAAAAGAGAAGACAAGGUACUUUCCAAUCAGGCGAGGUGAUGAGUCGCGCCAGUGGAUACUAGGCAGAACCUUUCUGCAGGAAGCCUACCUGACUGUAGAUUGGGAACGUCAGAACUUUACAGUGUCAGCUGUCGACUGGACAUUUGGCAAGGCACCAGAAAUCCUUCCCAUCGUGUCGCCUACCUAUGCAGUGGCGCAUUCCACUCCCCCGAAAAAGAAGCCUCUAUCGUCUACGGCAGUCAUUGGGAUUGCCGUGGGAGGUGGCUUCUUCGUUGCUUUACUGUUGUGCGCAAUUGGAUGGUGGUUUUGGCAUCGGCGACACAAACGCAAAUUGGAAGCCAUCAAGGCGAAAUACGAGGCCGAGGCCGCUGCGGCUGCAGUCACCAAGAUGGAUCCACCCGUUUUGGAGGAAACUCCGACCUCUCCAGUACGAAGUAGUACCGAGGGUGUGAUUGUCUUUCCGAAGGCUGAGCUGCCUGGUACAUCUCAUGUACAUCAUGAGAUGAGCUCCAGUGCGCAAGAGAAGGGUUUAUUGUCGGUGCAUGAGGCAGAUGGCAAGGAGCGUGAGAUUUACGAGAUGCCUGGCGACAUGCCUGUGCUUGCAGAAGCAGGCGGCCGUCAACUGUCGGAGAAGGAGUCUAUGGUGGUACGUGAGAGGAUAUACAACGGCGUAGAUCCGGCUGGUAUGCCAGACGCACCCCCCGUUACACAUGACGAGUCGCGAAGGCUUGCACCGAUCUCUCCCUCAGAAGUGGCGAUUGUGGGCGGUCAACUACCGACUGGCAACGUGUCGCCUGUCACACCACGAUUACCCAGAGACGGUGCGUCCUUGGAACCUUCGGACACAUUUUUCCAGCUGCCGCCCUAUCGUGCUCACGAUGGAAGACGCACCGAAUCGGAUGACGAUCCCCUCUCCCCCGUCUCGCCUCUGGAAGGGUCUACGGAUAUGUCCCGACGGCGGUUCUCGUACGAGUCAUGA